AUAAGCUCAAAAAAAUAAUUGGGCCCAUUUGACUUAGCUUAUCUAAAGCAGCUUAUAAGUUGAAAACAGCUUAUAAGCCAAAAAAAAUAAGUUAGACUACCCCAACUUAUUUUUUUUAACUUAUAAGCUGCAAACAGCUUAUAGGCAUAAGCCCAUCCAAACAGGCUCUAAAUAACCUGCCCAUAACUCAUAUUCUAGCUUUUGUCAUCCUAUCAUUAAUUCUUUCUUUUUUCACACGCACAAGUCUAUCUCCCUCCACAAUCUGCAUGUAAUAUAUAGCCAUAUAAAACUCAUAAUGGCCAUAUCUCGUUAGAAAAACUAUCUUAGAGACUCAGUAAGAAGGAUAAUUAAGUCGAGCCCGAUGUAUAUUGGUAUGUUUGAGGGAUAUAACUAGACUAAUGGAUUCUUGGUUCAUCAUUGUCAUCCUUCUAUGUAUUGUUAUCUCUUCUUCCUUCACAUUUUUCUUUAAUCUUUUCUUUUUCUCCAAUUCCAAAACCAAGAAGAAGCUCCCACCAGGACCCUUUACAUUUCCAUUUAUUGGGAACUUACCAUUGUUGAGAAAUAGAUCCAUACUUGAUAUUGAAGUCAUUCUACAAAAACUCAAGUCCAAGUAUGGUCCGAUUAUUACCCUCAAAAUAGGUACUACAACUUCUAUAUUCAUUACUAGCCACUCUUUAGCCUACCAAGCUUUAGUCCAACAAGGCGCUCUUUGCUCCGACCGUCCACUUGCAUUACCGACCAAUCAGAUUUUAAGUAGCAAUGACCGUAGCAUCAAUACCGCCUCGUGUGGCCCCACGUGGAGGGUCCUACGUCGAAACCUCAGAUCGCAAAUGUUACAUCCCUCUCUUAUCAAGUCCCGGUCAAAAUCUCGAGCUAAUCGUGCAUUAAGUAUCCUCAUUCAAAAGCUACAUGAUAAAGCUGAUUCUGAAGUGGGAGUGAUGGUACUUGAUCAUAUUAAGCAUGCCAUCUUCUGUCUUCUUGCCUUCAUGUGCUUUGGGAACAAGCUUAACGAGGCUCAAAUUAUUCAAAUAAAAGAUUCACAGCAUCGAGCACUUCUAGCCAUGCUCCAAUUUAAAAUACUUGACAUUUUUCCCAGAGUCGGAAAAUUAAUCUUCAGAAACCGUUGGAAAGAGCUUAUUGCAUUACGAAAAGUGGUAGAGAGUGUAUUCAUACCUCUAAUCCAAGCUCAAAUAAAGCACAAAGAAGAAAAAGCCAACUCAUGUGUUCAUAAAAAAGAAGAGGAAACGGUUUGUUAUGUCGAUACGUUGCUAAAUUUGGAAUUGCCAGAGGAAAAGAGGAAACUUACUUACGAAGAGAUUGUCAGUCUCUGUGGCGAGUUUCUCGGUGCAGCCAGCGAUACAACAUCCACCGCAUUGCAGUGGAUUAUGGCCAACUUGGUUAAGUACCCUGCCAUUCAGGAAAAACUGUAUAAAGAAAUACUGUGCAAAAUUGAGGGACCCCAACAAUCAAAGGUAGAAAAUAGCAAUAAGUUGAUACCAGAGGAGGAUUUGCAGAAAAUGCCAUAUUUAAAAGCAGUGAUCUUGGAAGGUCUAAGGAGGCACCCGCCAUCUCACUUUUUGCUGCCACAUAGAGUGACAAAGGAAAUGGAAUUGAACGGCUACGUCAUACCUAAGAACGCUAUAAUCUAUUUCAUGGUGAGAGAAAUGGGCAUGGACCCAAAUGUGUGGGAGGAUCCGAUGGAUUUCAAGCCGGAGAGGUUCUUGAUGGAUCAUAGAGAUGGCGAACCAUUUGAUAUAAGCGGAAGAAGAGAGAUGAAGAUGAUGCCAUUUGGCGUAGGGAGGAGAAUAUGCCCGGGGUAUGAUUUUGCUAUGCUCCAUUUAGAGUACUUCGUGGCUAACUUGAUUUGGCAUUUCGAAUGGAAGCCUGUGGAGGGAGACGACAUUGAUUUAACCGAGGAGUUAGACUUCACCUUUACCAUGAAGAAUCCACUUCGAGCUCGCGUCAGUCCCAGGCUGAACUGAUUGUUUGCUAUACGAAAUCUUCUAUUUGAUCUUUCCGUUGAAGCUUCACUGACCAUAUUACAAUAAAAUCAGCAAUCAUUGAAUGUGCUGAUCAGCUGAAUGAGCUGAUGUAUGUAUGUUUCCCUGUAAAUCAGACUUCAGCGAAAUCAUAUAGUAUAUAUUGUCUUUACAUAUAUAAAUGUUUAAACAAACCACACUUCCAAGACACAACGAAAAAUUAGUAUGAGUUUUUGUGAUAAUUAGCAAUAUAAACUUUAAUACAAGUUAGUAAUUGAGUAAACAUCAUGCUAAUACAAGCAAUAUUUCUGGAAUCUGUAAAUGUCAUGUCAUUAUAGACCAAUGCACAACCAAUGAACCAAAAACACAAAAAUAGCUAUUUGGUUAUUCAACCACAAGUCAUAGUGCAGUUGUUUCGUUUUCCAAUCCAACGACACAGAGUUGUUAUAAAACAAAUAUAAAUGGGAAAAAAAUCCAACAUCAUUUGCCAAAGCGCCCAUUUGGUUAAAUGAAAUAUGAAAUGGAACCAGCGAAGAUCUAUGUCGUUCGACCGACCUCGGACUCUUUCUUUCCGACCUAUUUGACUCUAGCGUAGUUAUUAGGUGGUAUUCCGAGGUCAAAUUAAAGUUAGCCUGAAUCCUACUUCUCUUUCACUCCCGGGUUAUCCCGAAGCUGCUAACCUGUGUUUGGGCUUAUGAGGGGCCUAUCAUACCCAUGCAUCACCAGAGUCUUAAUAAGAACUCUUGGGCGAGGG